UAGUGCUCACAUCUGCCGGGCGGGCGGGGGCGUCCAGGCCGAGCGUGCUGCUCCGCACCCCCCCCGGCUCGCGCAAGGGCGUGGAUACGUUCCUCCCCGGGACUAGGUCAGUUGCACAACGGGUUCUUGUGACCCACUGGGCGUCCUGCCUUAUGCAACCCACCUCCCUGCUCCAGCCCCACUGGCCUCCUUCCGGGAAAGAGCCAGCCCAGGGAAGGAGAGUGGGAAGGCGCCUCUCUCUUUUCGUCUGCUCCCCUCUGCCCAGGGUGGAUGCGCCCGGGCCGAUUGCCCUGCCACUGCCCGUACGUGCCACACUGCAACCGCCCUGGCAGUCAAAGCAGGGGCGCUGGCAAGGUGUUCCCUCCUCCUCCUCCUGGACCUGACACGGCUCCCACCCGCCUCCCGCCUCACAUCCCGCAACAUCCGCAGCCCAGCCGCGUCUCCGCAGCCAGCCUCCCGGAGCGGGACACGGGUGCCAGAGCUUCCCAGCGCGCCCGGCAGGCACGGAACGGACCCAGCUGAGCCUGAACCACCCGCCGGAAUCCCACAGCCCCUAGCGGAACGGCAGCUCCUCCAGGCGCCCAGAAGAUGGUCCACAGGUGCCCAAUGUACCUGCCGGUGCCCGAGGGUGCCCAUCGUGGCUCGUUGGUCGCAGCCGGAGGGCCACUCACGGCAGCAGCCUGCCUGGAUACCGGGAUUGUUAACUGCUUGGGCUGAGGAGCUAGCAAGAAUCGUCCGUUCCAGUGGCAGAGAUCUGGGGUGCGUUAUCCCCGUGGCAGAGAUCCAGGGUGCAGUGUCCCAGUGGCAGACGUCUGUGGACCCAUAUCCCGGUGGCAGAAAUCUGGGCCGUGCUAUCCCAGUGGCAGAGAUCCAGGGUGCAGUGUCCCAGUGGCAGACAUCUGUGGACCUAUAUCCCGGUGGCAGAGAUCUGGGGCAUGCUAUCCCAGUGGUAGAGAUCCAGGGUGCAGUGUCCCAGUGGCAGACAUCUGUGGACCUAUAUCCCGGUGGCAGAGAUCUGGGGCGUGUUAUCUCCGUGGCAGAGAUCUGGGGCACGUUAUCCCCGUGGCAGAGAUCCAGGGGGCAGUGUCCCCGUGGCAGACCUCUGUGGACCUAUAUCCCCGUAGCAGACAUCUGUGGACCUAUAUCCCCGUGGCAGAGAUCCAGGGUGCAGUGUCCCGGUGGCAGCCGUCUGUGGACCCAUAUCCCGGUGGCAGAGACCCACGGGUGAGUUCUUGAGCCACCUCUAAUCUCAGCAUCUCGACCCUUCCCCGGCGACUAUCCUGGGCGCUCUGAGGGCGCCGAAGGGGGGUCAGAGCCGGGGUGACCUGGGUUCUAUUUCUGGCCCUGCGAUGGAGGCUCUCAGCUCGCCUGGCCAGUGCGUGGCCGGGGGCGUCCCCCCGGAGGGCGUGAUGCAGCGGGCCCGGGCGCUGAAGGGCAAAGCCAGCGCCAGCUGCCGGCGCAAGCGGGAGUUCAUCUCGGACGAGAAGAAGGACGCCAGCUACUGGGAGAAGCGCCGGAAGAACAACGAGGCGGCCAAGCGCUCGCGGGAGAAGCGGCGCUUCAACGACCUGGUGCUGGAGAGCCGGGUGCUGGCGCUCAACGAGGAGAACCUGCGCCUCAAGACGGAGCUGCUCCAGCUCAAGCUGCGCUUCGGGCUCAUCAGCACCGCCGCCUUCGUGGAGAAGAGCCAGCAGCUGAGCGCCGCCAGCCGGGAGCGCGCUGGGGGCAGCAGCGGCUACUCCAGCGCCUCCUCCCGGGCCCAGCACUCGGAGGACUCGUCCGAGACGGAGCAGUCCGGCCGGGACGCCGCCGGCGCCAAAUACUCGCCGCGGGGCUCCCUCUCCGACAUGUCCGACGGCUCCUCCCGGGACAGCCCGCUGCCGCGCACGCCGGGGGAGGCGCAGGCCGUGAGCAGGGCCCGGGGGGAUGACGUGGCGCUGCGCCCCCCCGAUCCCCAGGCCCCGGCCUCCCGGGGCGUCAUCCUCUUCAGCGCCAACGGCUUCACCGCGGUGGAGCCGCCCCGAGCCUGGGAGGCGCCGGGGAGGGGGGACGGGGCAGAGGAGGAAGAGGAGGAGAAGGCCCUGGCGAGCUAUGCCCAGCAGACUCCCGGGGGUCGCCAUGGCGACUGUGAGGCCUAUUGCCAGCAGGGGGAACUGCAGGGCCCCCCCGAGGCAUAUGGCUGCCCACGGGCCGAGGGCUACGGCGCCCCUGCUGGCUUCCUUGGGGAGGAGGAGGGGCGGGAGGCCAGGCCGGAGCCCAUGGAGAUGGCGGUCGAGCCAAGUUCCCCCUUUGCGGGUUACUCCAGCGAGGAGAGUGGGGAGGAGCCCGGCUGGGGGUGCCCGCCCGCCCCCUACCCACCCGCCCCGGACGUCAAGCUGGCCGCCCUGCCCCACAAGCUGCGCCUCAAGUGCCGGGCCCACAGCAGCGGUGGCCAGGACCUGGGCCCUGAGCCUGGCGCCACCGGCUGCCAGCAGGAGGCGCCAGCCGACUGGGAGAGCGAGAGGCAGGAGGAGAUGGCGGCCCUGGUGCGGCAGGCGCUACUCCUCAACGGGCACCCCCCCGCUGCCGGCGCCCUGGACAGCCUCCUCUACUGCAGCCCCCCACCCCCCUCAAACAGGCCGGAGCCUGGGGACUUCGCCAGCGGGUGGAGGGGCAGUUGCCACGAUGAGGGCACCAGGCCCAUAUGAGCGUUGCCCCUGAGCGGGGCACGGACCUUGAACAGCUGCUGCCUGGGCAGGGGACGUGGACAAAGCCAACACUCCCUGGGGACCUGCCCGGCUGGGAUCCAGUGAGCAGAGAGAUCCCUGUCCUGCUGGGCCUGGGGAUCUGCCCGGCUGGGAUCUGGUGAGCAGAGAGGCCCCUGUCGUGCUGGGCCUGGGGAUCUGCCCGGCUGGGAUCCGGUGAGCAGAGAGAUCCCUGUCCUGCUGGGCCUGGGGAUCUGCCCGGCUGGGAUCCAGUGAGCAGAGAGGCCCCUGUCGUGCUGGGCCUGGGGAUCUGCCCAGCUGGGAUCCGGUGAGCAGAGAGAUCCCUGUCCUGCUGGGCCUGGGGAUCUGCCCGACUGGGAUCUGGUGAGCAUAGAGGUCCCUGUCCUGCUGGGCCUGGGGGCCUGCCCAGCUGGGAUCCAGUGAGCAGAGAGGCCCCUGUCCUGGGCCUAGGGAUCUGCCUGGCUGGGAUCCGGUGAACAGAGAUCCCUGUCCUGCUGGGCUUGGAGAUCUGCCCAGCUGGUAUCGAGUGAACAUAGAGAUCCCUAUCCUGCUGGGCCUGGGGAUCUGCCUGUCUGGGAUCUGGUGAGCAGAGAGAUCCCUGUCCUGCUGGGCCUGACGAUCUGCCCAGCUGGGUUCUGAUGAGCAACAAGAUUCCCAUCCUGCUGGCCUGGGGAUCUGUCGAGCUGGGAUCCAGUGAGCAGCAAAAUCCCUGCCCUGCUGGGCUUGGGAAUCCAGAGAGCAGCAGGUUCUGCUUGGCUGGACUUACAGAUCUGGGAGCUGUUGGACGGUUCCCACCAAGCCAACAUCUGAGCCCCACGUGCUGGGUGGGGCUGGCUUUGCGGAGAGAACCAAGCGGGGUCUCCCCACCCCCUUUGGCUUUGGAACCUCCAGGAGGGUGACAGCGGGGUGCAGCCAGGGCCAGGGCCUUCUUCAUGCCGGGACUGUCUCACCAGCAACGCCACCAGCGGGACUCGUGGGGUGGGGGUUGGGGGGAUUUUCUGA